UCUAUACUGUUUUAGACAAAGUCGUUGGGUUGAUUUACAGUGAGGAGGUUGAAGCUGAAGAGGGGUUUAUGUUUUGGAUGUUUAAGAUUCGAAAGUUUUCGAAUUUCGAUUAGUUCUCUUGUUUUAGCAGUUUGAUUUUGGUUUCACUGUAGGUAUGAUAUUUUUAAGUUAUCCUUAUGAUUUAUGAUUUUCGGGUUUUACUUAUGGCUUAUAUGUAAUGUAGAUUCGGUUAUCGAUGAAUUGCUGAUUAGUGAUAAGAAUUUUUAGGUGUUCGACAUAAAUUCUCAGAAUCUGCAUUGCGGAAUUAAGGGGAAUGAACCAUGCUCAAACAGAUUCUAAGUAAGCUUCCUCGGAAAUCGUCGAAGUCAGGUGAUCAUCGUGAACACGGUGGACACCGUAGUACUUAUUCUAGUGUUUCGGGUGGUGGCUUGAGGGGCAGCGAUUUAGGAACCGGCAAGUCUGGUAAUUCGAGUGUUUCGUCGUUCGCUGUACCUAAUUCUAUACCAGAUGUUGGAUGGAAAGGUGUGGAUUUGAAGCCAAAUGGGAAUCAUAUAUUCUCCUCUUUUGAAGCAUUGCCUGCUUUCAAAUAUGUUCCGGCUUCUGAGAAGCAGAACUUGUUCAUAAAGAAGCUUAACUUGUGUUGUGUCGUAUUUGAUUUCACCGAUCCCACCAAGAACCUCAAAGAAAAGGAGAUCAAGCGGCAAAUAUUGUUAGAGCUUGUCGACUAUGUGACUUCUGCGAAUGGGAAAUUUCCGGAUGCUGUGCUGCAAGAAAUUGUUAAAAUGGUAUCAGCAAACUUGUUUAGGAACCUUAAUCCGCAACCACGAGAGAAUAAAGUCAUAGAAGGCCUGGAUUUGGAAGAGGAGGAACCUUCGAUGGAUCUGGCUUGGCCACACUUGCAAAUUGUAUACGAGUUUCUUUUGAGGUUUAUAUCCUCACCUGAGACCGAUGCAAAAUUGGCCAAAAGAUAUGUCGAUCAAUCCUUCAUCAUGAAAUUGCUUGACUUGCUCGACUCUGAAGAUCCUAGAGAAAGGGAAUAUUUGAAAACAAUUCUUCAUCGCAUCUACGGGAAAUUCAUGGCGCAUCGACCGUUCAUUAGGAAAGCUAUAAACAAUGUUUUUUUCCGUUUUAUUUUCGAGACCGAGAAACACAAUGGGAUUGCUGAACUUCUGGAAAUUUUGGGCAGCAUUAUUAACGGGUUUGCACUUCCACUGAAAGAAGAGCAUAAAGUGUUCCUUGUUCGGGUUUUAAUUCCUUUGCAUAAACCGAAAUGCUUAGCAAUGUAUCACCAACAGUUAUCUUACUGCAUUACACAGUUUGUAGAGAAAGACUGCAAGCUUGCUGAUACCGUCAUUAGGGGGUUAUUAAAGUACUGGCCCAUCACAAAUAGUUCAAAGGAAGUCAUGUUCCUAAAUGAAUUAGAGGAAGUUUUAGAAGCAACUCAGCCACCCGAGUUUCAGCGCUGCAUGGUGCCGUUAUUUCACCAAAUUGCUCGAUGUUUGAACAGUCUGCACUUUCAGGUUGCCGAGCGAGCUUUAUUUUUGUGGAACAACAAUCACAUCGAGAACUUAAUCAUUCAAAACCGCAAAGUAAUACUGCCGAUUAUUUUACCAGCACUGGAGAAAAAUGCUAGGAAUCACUGGAAUCAAGCUGUACAUAGCUUGACUCAAAACGUCCUCAAAAUCUUCGACGAUCUCGAUCCAGAGCUGUACAAGGAAUGCCUGCUUAAGUUCCAGGAAGAUGAAUCCAAAGACGAAGAGACCAAAGCAAAACGUGAAAAUAAAUGGAAACGCUUGGAAGAACUCGCAGAAAAGAAAGAUUUCAGUAGGGAAGGCACGCUCGAAACCCGCAAAUCAAUCGGUAAUGGCUCAUCAGGUUAGAUAUAUAUAUAUAUAUAUAUAGAUUAUAUAUUUUAUUGACACGUUUUCAAGAUUACCAGAUUUUCUAUUGGGGUGGAACUGAUAUAUUGUGAAUUUCUUUGCAUAUGACAAUCUGAGAUUAUUGUGUAUUGUAGGGUUCAGCUUAUUUAGUGAAACCUAAUAAAACAUUUUUGCUAAAUUAAUCUAUAUAUUUCUUGAAUUUGUGCUUAUUUCA